GUUUGGGAGAAGAGGUUAUCAAGACACCUUUGAGUUACAAUGUUUUAUUCAUAUGCUAAAUGGAUGGAUACCUUCAAACUUAUGCUACUCUGCAUAAUGAUCAUAAAUACUCAAGGGGAUCCCUGUAAAUUUCUUGAAUUUUCCAAUGGAGUUGUUGAAUAUUCUGGUAUUUUGCCUGGAUCAAUUGCAACUUUCACGUGUCAUGAGGGGUAUCAUCUUAGUGGAGAUACGUCUAUGCAGUGUUUGGAAGAUGGUCAAUGGAAAGGCAUUCUCCCUAUCUGUCAACGGACAUCCUGCGGUUUACCAGAUUUUAUUGAUAACGGAGAGCUUGAAAUGACAAGUGUUUCAAGUGGUUUUGUGGUUCGUUAUUCCUGUCAUACAGGGUAUGUCUUGUUUGGACCAGAAAGCAGGACAUGUCUGGAGACUGGCUUCUGGAGUGAUAUUUCUCCAACAUGUAAAAGGACAUGCCCAUCCCCACCAAAACCUUCAUUUGCUGAGAUAGUACAGCUGCCGGACCCUGUGUACUUCCCAGCUGGAAUAUAUAUCAAUUAUGAAUGCCUACCAGGUUUUGAUUUUGACCCAUUCCAAGCUCGCUCUGUUAAAUGCCAAGAGAAUUUCAUAUGGUCAGAAAUAACGGAAUUUUGUACAAUUGUGUCAUGUGAAAUGCCAGAAAAUAUCACAAAUGGAAUUGUAGAAGUAACAGACAUAACAUUUGGUUUCAAAGCAAACUACAGCUGCAAUGAUGGAUAUAUUUUAAUAGGGAAUCCACAACUGCAAUGUACAGCUGAUGGUGUUUGGAGUGACAAUGCACCUGAAUGUACAUCCAUUCCCACAACUGUUCCUACUGAUUCCACUCCAAUCACUCUAAUCACUCCAACUGUAAUACAAAGUGAGCCCGUAACUACAACACAGGGAGAUGAGUGUGAAAAAAUCCAGGCAAUACAAGAAAGCCUAAGUAGUUGCACUUCAACACCAGAAGAGUGGACUAAGUACUUGCAGAUUCAGUAUCUCUACUUGCAGAUAGAAAACCUCAAGUUAGACAUAGCGAAGAAGAAAACAGAGGCUUGAUUCAAAUCAAUAACAAUUUCAUUAUGUUAUAUUCUUUUUUGUAGAGCCCUGUUCAAUUAUGCAUCUUUACCUUAACUUGAUUACAUUGAUUUUUGCAUUGCUGAACUGCAGUUGUAUCCAGUAAGUUCUAUAUAGUUUAUUUAUCCAGAGAGAAAGUAAAUAAUGUUUAGUUUAGGCAGUAUAAGCAUUCCAUCUAAUUGAUUUGACUGGAGUGCCCUUUUGUUUUGGCAGGGCUGGCAACUAUUGGCCUGCGGGGCAAGUAUAAGGAAAUAUCUUAUAUGAAUGUUGUGGCUGUCCGAUCUCCCCCUGCGGUCCCUUGCAAACACCUCCAGUGACGACAUACAUAAUCAUUGUAGUCUUCCAGCCUUAUCACCCUCACUCCACCAGGAUAAAUCAAAGUGAAUCAGGACUUAAGAGAAUUAAGAGUAUAUGUUACCGUGUCAUGCACAAACCCACACAGUGCUAGAUGAGUAAAGGCCCUGCACAUAUCCUGCCUGCUGUCAUGCUAUUUUAAUUUUUCACUAUUUAGCAGUUCAUCAGUGAAUGUAAGAGAUACCCUCAACCCCUUACAAAGAGCAAAAACAGAAAAGAUACUAAACAUAAUGCAGGUUGCGCCAAAUACUGAGUCCAAAAAGUCCAAAGUAUACUUGAGAUAUUCUUGGUUGGUAACCGUCUGGACUUUAAAGUGCUUGUAAAUAAAUGUAAUAAAACUUAAAAUAACCAAUAAUAGUGCAGAUUGUCUGGUGUUAGCUGGAAGACACACAAUGGAGACAUUGGGCUAGCACUCACAUUCAAUAGAGCCAUAGACCAGCUCUGA